AGAAGGAAAGCGGAGAGCGGGAGUCUCUUCCCCUACGUGUUGGUUAUCAAGGAAAGAGGUGUGGAUCCCACACACGCCCUGUUCACCCUCCAGCCUCCACCCAGAGCAGCAGGACAGAGGAGGGGACGGAGAGAAGGACAAGAGAUGAGUGUUCAGCUGGAUGUAUCAGACUGUCACACUCAAGGAUAGACUGAAGCAUGCCUCUGUGGAGAGGCGCAGCAGCAGCAGCAGUCGGCUGCCAGGCUGCCUUGCCCGUGUGAGGACAGCAGGAUCGGAUUGUUGUUGGAAAUACUGAACAAGGAAAACAAGAAGAAAAGGGAGGAAGCCGGAGAUCUUGUGCCAUGACCGGGAACAGGAGGAGGGAGGAGGCUCGCUGAAAACCAUGGACCAGGCGAAGGGGCGGAGGGAUGGUCUCUCCUCAGCCGGUGACAACCCUCGGCCGCCGAUGGCGACCCGGCCGGGAAGGGAGGGGGGCGGCAUGGGCUGGAAGGGUCCCCGGACGCUGGUUCUCCAUAAGAACUCCCAGGGUUUCGGCUUCACCCUGCGCCACUUCAUCGUUUACCCCCCAGAGUCGUCCCUGCACACAAACCUCAAGGAUGAGGAGAACGGUAAUGGAAAGGGAUAUCAGAAAGGUCGCCUGGAGCCGAUGGACACCAUAUUUGUGAAGAGCGUGAGAGAAAAAGGUCCUGCCCAUCAGGCGGGCUUGUGCACAGGUGACCGGCUGGUGAAAGUGAAUGGAGAAAGUGUUUUAGGGAAGACGUACUCGCAGGUGAUCGCCCUCAUUCAGAACAGUGAGAGUAUGCUGGAGCUCUCCAUCAUGCCAAAAGACGAAGACGUGCUUCAGUUGGUAAGUGCGUACUCCCAGGAUGCCUACCUGACAGGCAACGAACCCUUCUCAGGGGGAGCUGAGAACCUCCCACCUCCGCCUGCCCUCUGUUACCCACGCACCAAAACCACAUCCCCUGCAGGAGCCCCUCUGUCGGCUCCCAUGGGCCAGAACCAGCUGGACAACUGGAGUCGCUGGCCAGGUUCAUCAAGCCCUUCCUCACCUUUGGACAACCACUCUGCAGUGGGCAGCCCCGCCAGUUGGCAAGAGGGUCGAGCAGGAGAGCCAGGCGGCGUGGGUCACAGCAGCCCGGCCCACCGCACAGAGGAGAUCCAGUACGGUAUGACCAGCCAGCAGCCUCAGGGCCAGACCAGGGGGCGCUCCUACUCUUCUUCUUCCUCAUCAGGAGGCCCCUUGUCCAGCCCCCUUCAGGUCCACUACCCCAACCACCACUCUGGUGGCUCCUCACAAGCUCAACCACGCAAGUCCAGCUCGGCCUGGACCAGCCCCCCCUUGCCCCAGCUAAGCCAUGGCCGCACUGAGCGCUGCCAGCAGGCGCUGUCAGACUGGUACUACAGCCAGCUGCCUGAGCGCUCAGGACGCAGCAUGCAGACUCGACACCGCAGCUACUCACAGGACCGGCUCAGUGAGUCCAGGAAGCAGCAGCAGCGGUCUGGUGGCUGGCCACACAGCGCUUCCCAGGACACUCUGAUGUUACUGCAGCAAUCAGGACCCGGACCCCAUGGAGAGCCCUACUGGUCUUACGCAGACUGGGAGGCAGGCCCGGGUAGGGGCCACCAAUCCACAAACUAUACACGAACACGCUCUGAAAACCUGCUGGCCCUGUACGAUCGUCACGGACGCUCGUUAGAGAUGCUGGAUCGAGCAACAGCUGGACUGGUCUCGCCUCGGUUUGAGAGGCCGUCAUGGCAGCAGGCUCCUCAGCCUCCUCCUAGGACUGAUGCUUACAACAAGCAGGGGAACCACUACGGUGCAGCACAAGCUGCUCCCGUGUCCCGUCAGACACAUUCUAAACACCACCCUCAGACUCACACCCAGACCCACUCCCAGACUCAGACCCAACAGGCCGCCUCUCAGAGCAGGCGGCUCCCCCAUGGACACAGCAUGGACGACCAGCCGGUGGGUUACCGCAGCUACAGCCCAUCUUUUUAUAGAAAGACAGGUCGCAUCAUGCAGCAGGCCCACUCUUUCAGGGACCCUUCAUACUCUGGUCCACAUUUGAACUGGAACCCAACUCCUAAGAGUCCUCCUGAGGGCACUGCAGCACCCGUCACCGCCUCUACCGCCUCCCCGCUCGCCUCCGCCUCUCCAGAAUCCCAGGACAGAGCUUAUAGGCCGACAAACCAUGAGAGGGAACGAGGGGCAGUGGAGGGGCCGGCGGAGAUGGCAGCGGCGGCACAGACACAGGAAGUGGUGCUGAGACAGAAACCUCCCACUGGGCGGAGGAACGCCCACGGCAUGCGGCAUCACCACUAUGUGCUGCCCAUGGAUGGACUGGAACCUUCUUUGUUUUCUCCUGACCUUGACGACUCGGGUCCCACCCCUGAGUCAUCAAGAGAUGUAGCUCCACGCAAACCAAAUGGCAACCUGGCCCCCCUCCCCAUCGAGGACGACUCUCUGGCCUCCAUCCCCUUCAUAGAUGAGCCGACCAGCCCCGGUGCUGAUUUGCGCGCCCGCCACGUGCCGGCGUCUUCCGUGGUGUCCAGCGGCAUGAGUUCGGCCCCCGCCGUGGUCACCAGCCCCGCCUCCCCUACUUUCUCCUUCCCCCUCACUAGGCUCUUCUCACACGACUGCAGCAGUAUUAAAUCCAGUCGCCGUUCCUCCUAUCUUCUAGCCAUCACCACAGAGCGCUCCAAGUCAUGUGACGAAGGACUCAACUCGUUCAGAGAGGAGGGACGAGUCUUCUCGAGGCUUCCAAAGAGAGUGAAGAGUUUCUUUACAGACGGGUCUCUAGACAACCUCGGCACAGCAGAAGAGGUCAGAUCCAAACGCCACUCCACCUCAGAGCUUGGAAACAUCACGUACAGCGACGUACGGCGAGAAGGAUGGCUGCACUACAAACAGAUCCUCACAGAGAAGGGCAAGAAGGUGGGCAGCGGCAUGCGUCCGUGGAAGCGAGUCUUUUCAGUUCUCCGCUCCCAUUCGCUGUUCCUCUACAAAGACAAGAGAGAGGCCGUGCUUCGAGGGGCCACAAUCGGAGGCGGGGCAGAUGACGACCAGCCAAUCAGCAUCCGAGGCUGCCUGGUGGAUAUCGCAUACAGUGAAACCAAACGAAAGCAUGCGCUGCGGCUGACCACGCAGGACUUCUGUGAGUACCUGCUGCAGGCGGAGGACCGCGAGGACAUGCUGGACUGGAUCAAGUUCAUCAGGGAGAACAGCAAGACAGACAGUGAGGAGCUCGGGUUCUCCAGACAGGCGCUCAUCAGUAAGAAGCUGAAUGAUUACAGGAAACAGAGUCCGACAGGCAGUAAACCAGACUCCUCGCCCAGGCUGCCUCGCAUGAAACCCCCAUUCCUGCUCGCCAAGACAGAUAACCCAGUUGGAGCGCCACGAUCCCCAAAAUCAGACGGCAAAGAUGAGAGCGGCCCUCCGAAGUCUCCGUGGGGAAUCAACAUCAUGAAGAAGACAAAGAAGUCUGGACCCAAAGCUUUCGGUGUGCGUCUGGAGGAUUGUCAGCCUGGUGUCAAUAACAAGUUCAUCCCUCUAAUCGUGGAGAUCUGCUGCGGUCUGGUGGAGGACAUGGGUUUGGAGUAUACUGGGAUCUACAGAGUCCCCGGGAACAACGCCAUGGUGUCCCAGCUGCAGGAUCAGCUCAACAAGGGCGUCGAGAUAAACCCCGCGGAGGAGAAGUGGCAGGACCUGAAUGUCGUCAGCAGUUUACUCAAAUCUUUCUUCAGAAAACUUCCAGAGCCGCUUUUCACCAACGACAAAUACAACGACUUCAUCGACGCCAAUCGCAUGGAGAACGCAUCCGACAGACUGAAGACCAUAAAGAAACUUAUUCGUGACCUCCCGGAUUAUUACUAUCACACUCUUAGUUUCCUGGUCCAUCACCUAAAGACUGUUGCUGACAACUCAGAUAAAAACAAGAUGGAGCCUCGUAACCUGGCUCUGGUGUUCGGACCCACUCUGGUCAGGACGUCUGAGGACAACAUGAAAGACAUGGUCACACACAUGCCCGACCGCUACAAGAUCGUAGAGACGCUCAUACAGCAUUGCAUCUGGUUUUUCACAGAAGAGCAGGACAAGGAUGAAAAGACACCGGUGGACACAGAGGACGUCCAGCCUGCCCCCAACAUCGACCACCUUCUCUCCAACAUCGGCAGGACAGCUCUGCUCGGGGAGGCCUCAGACUCAACCAACAGUGACUCAGCUAAAUCGAAGGGCUCAUGGGGGUCAAAGAAAGACCUGGGAGCCAAAGACUUCCUGGCUCUGUCCAUCAUGUCAGCCGUCACAGGUCGCAAACGCAGGAAGCGCCACAACGCUCGCCGUGUGGGCAGCAGCACUGACGACGACUCGGAGCACGAGCCAAUCAAAGCCGGACAUCUCGGGGCCGAGGAGGAAGAGGAGGUGGAAUCGCCUGAAGGGGGCACUGCUCCUCGAGCAGAGGGAGAGGAGGAUGAGGAUGAAGAAGAGGAGGAGGAAGAGGAAGAGGAAGUAGUAGAAAGCGAAGUGAAAGAGGAGAUAGAGGAGGAAGUGGCGGUGGAUAUUCCCAGCCGGCCGUGUAGUAAAGAGGAAGAGGAGGCAGGAGGAAGGCAGGCGGCCAUUUUGCAGGAGGAGGAGGAGGAGGUGCGGGUGGAGGUGAAGGGGCCUCCGUGGAGAUCUCCAGAGGACGCUCGCUCCAUUGUCUCUGGUUACUCCACUCUCUCCACGCUAGGGCGGAGCCUGGGGUCAGAGGGGCGAGGGGACGAUGCUGACGAUGAGCACAGCGAGCUGGUGAGCGAGACGGACAACGAGAGCGGCUUCGCCUCACGCUCCCUGACUCAGGAACGACCUGAGAAACACCCGACUGCACCUGUGAACACGCAGCCGCCCACAGCUCCACGCAGCUUCCUCUACACACACUACAAACCCCCUGUUCUGUCUCCAACCAACCUUCUGGCCCCGCCCACAGCCCUCACACACACACCAGACUCUGCAGAGAGGAGCGAAGGAGGAGCGAGGUCCACCACACCGUCAUCCUCCUCCUUCUCCUCCUCCUCCACCUCUCACAAACUGAACUCACGGCCUUCCUUUAAUUCACACAAGCUGAUCCAGUGCGACACUCUGGCCAGGAAGAAGCUGAAGUCUGAGAAGGCCAAAGCUCGAUCCUUAGACCUGCUGGAUCUGCCGGGAGCUGCCGUACAGAGCGACAGGUCCGGGUCUAGUUCAGAUGGUGCAGUAAGAGUGAGGAGGGAAACCUCAAGAACCAACCCCUCCUCAGGGAGCAGCCAGGAGAGCCUGCGCCCGACACGACCCAAGCCGGCUGUGCCACCCAGCGAGGCCUCCUCCUUCACCCCGACCGGCCCCGGCGGCAGGUCUCUGGCAGACCAGGUCCGUGCUCGUCUGCUGGGCUCGGCCGACGACCUGCGCAGCGUGGGAUUGCGAAAACCGCUGUCCCCCGAGACACGGAGGAAGAGGCGAGCCUGGCGGAGACACACCGUGGUGGCUUCCCCGACCGAGGUGUCUGAAAAGAGACCCCCAAUGACUGUAAACGAGUUCACUCUGUCCCCCAAUACCCAAAACCAGGUCAAAACACCAGGGCUGCCUCCGAGUGCUGACGGGCUCGAACACGCGUCGGCUUCACGUCAGGCACCAACCUCCAGAUUUCACCAGUACCUGUGACCCUCAUGCUGACCCCACGUCUCACUCCAAGUGUCUGGCAGGGCAGGGCUGAGCUGCUGACUCCUGCAGGUCAGUAGACCGGCAGCAGCAUCAACAGGUUUGGUUGCCCGGAGCAACACAGCGUACCAAUGAACGAGCAGCUUUCUGCACCCUUUUCUUUUAAAGCUCCGUUUUGCAUGGGAGGGGGGGCGCUCCAGUGUUGCCAAAGCUUUUGUUUGUUUGUUUGUUUUCUGUGUGUGUGAGCUUUUAUAGAAAUAAUACAGAAACAGGAAAGAGACACACACAGACCUCAGACCCCCCGACUCUACAGCCAAGAAUUCUCAUUGAAAUAAAGACUUAAAUUAAAGGGUUAAAUCUCUGAGGAGACCAGAGAAGGAACUCUGGCUCUGAGGAGAAGGUGCUUCUACAUUAAACACGUCGACUUCACACACCGACACACACCAAAACACACCGACACACACUUCACGUACGAGACAGUUUGAUUUAAAAGCAUUUAAAGCAGGAUCUUAGCUGAUUCUCCACAUCAGUCUUCCUUAUCUGUUCCUCAUUAGACCACAGAUGCCGUCAUUUAUACUCCACACACACACACACACACACAAACACACACACACACACACAAACACACACACACACACGCAGUACAGUUGUCUCUUUUCGCCUGUUUAUAAAUUUCAUGUGUGUUUGUGCUAAAAUAUUUGUGAGCACGUCUGAGCGUGCAGGUGUUUGUGUUGAACACUUUUGUAACAUUUGUACAAAGUCUUGUUAAGUUAACCGUGUAAAUAUAAAUAUUAUGUUAUCAUAUUUGUUUUUACUUUUUUUUAGUUUCUUUUUUAUGGUUUACAAAAAGUGCGAACGAGUGCACGGUCAUUUCUUUCAAGAAGUUACUUGAAAUGCUUUUCCUUAAUAUAUUCUUUUGUGUUGUUUUGUUUUAUAUUCAGUAUAUAUAUUAUAUAUAUAUUUUAUAUUAAAGUAAAACAAAGUACUUUUAUGUGAUUUCACCUCUUUGGUGUACCUGUUCAAAGGAGACGAGAUAAACGUGACGUUACCUGCUCCUUGUUUCCUCGUUGAUGGCCUUUCUCUCUGAUCUCAGCGCUGUGCAGAAAAACCUUUAUCUCUCCACAAACUGAAAAAAAAACUUCCAACCACGAAGCAUCAACAUCCUAAACUCCAAUGUAGCAGCAGAGGAAAUGUAAUCUGCUCAUGUUUUCAGAUAUGAUUGGGCAGCUCGGCGCCACACUGUGAUGGCUGACCUCAUUUGUUUUGUAAUUGAUGUCUGGGAUUAUUGAGCGUCACUUCCACAGGUCUGACCUGAAGACUGCGUGAGGUCUUCUUUUAAGUGAAACACAGAUUAAAAGGAGCUCGGUCGAUUUUUCAGACUGCUAAAUGAAUGUGUGAUGCACAGAAACGGCUGCAUUCUCACCUCUGUCUUUGGUGAUGUGUGUGUUUUCUCACUACAUCUCCUCUGAGAGCUCAAUCUGUCUGCACGUUUAUUACCUCGGGGUUCACGUGACGAGGAGUUUUCCAUAAGGUCAGGCUCUAAUAAAUCCUCUCUGACUGAGGAAACGGUACAUUAUUCAGAGGAAAUGAAAUGACAGCAGAAUGCUAAUGUUCAUCUAUUGUUUUUAUCUGUCUCUUAUUGGCCAGAGGAACCUUUUGUCAUCACACUAGAACACAAGCAGGAGUCCAAAGUGAUGAGAGACCCUGUCACAUGACCAAAACCAACCACUGCAAAACUAAUGUAUACAGAAUAAUAAUAACAAUAGAUGAUGGUCUUGGCGUACCUCAAGAUUUGUUCUACAAGUGCCUGAUUUCUGGAAUGUGUUUUUGUUCUGCAGUGCCAUGUCACGUCUUGUCUCUCCGUUUCCUUUUGUUGUCUCUGGGUCUCCCUCCUCCUCCUCCUCCUCUUCGGUCACAACUAAGGCACUGACCCAAAGAUGUGUACAUUAAAUACAAAGGUCUAACUUAUCGGCUGUAAAGAUUCCUUUUCUAAAAGAAAGCACACUUCAAGCCAAGGACACGUCUAUGCACUCUCUAUGCCUUUAACACGGGCAGUAACAGCUGUUAGCUCUGCUGCUAAGAGGGCAGAAGCGUAGUUUGUCGUCUCUGUGAUCCACGGUGUGUGAAUAUGGUACACCUGACGAGCCCUUCCUAACACUGCAUCAGCUAACGUCAGACAUUUUCCUCCCAUCAGAGGAAAAACUUCAAACAUCUGAAAUGUGAUCCACCUUGUGUCUCAUUGUUGUAUUUUAAAAACACAUUUUUUGUACAUACUGUCUGAAUAUGUAACAUAUUGUAUUGUGUACAUUUGGAAUUUGCAUUUUGAGUAUAACUAAUAUGAAAUGACUGGACUUUAAAGGUUGUCCACAUGAAACUAUUUCCCUCAUGGCUGUGUGCUUUAAAGCAAGGUUAUAAAAUGUAAAUAAACAGAACUAUGUUUAAAAAUG